AUGAAUGUCAACAAAAAGCUGGAUCGCUUCAAGCAAUGGGCUGGGGAGCGAAUGGGAGGAGAGGCGAGAACAAACGUCUCCGAGGAUUUUAAAGCCUUGGAGACUGAAAUGAAUCUUCGGCAGGACGGCAUGGACAAAAUGCACCGUUCUAUGACUGCUUACAUCAAGGCCAUCUCGAAACGAACGGAAGGAGACGAUAAAGAGAAGACGCUUCCGAUCGCUCACCUAGGGAGUGUCAUGAUCCAACACGGAGAGGAUUUCGACUCGCACUCGGAAUAUGGGCAAACUUUGACGCUUACUGGAAGGGCUCAUGAAAGGCUUGCUCGGGUACAGGAGGCUUAUUCCGCUGAAGCUACUGGAAAUUGGCUUGAAUCACUAGAGCGCAAUCUAGCCGCUAUGAAAGAAUAUCAGGGAGCUUGGGGUCUAUGUGCUAACUUCGCAAAGAAUGCCCGCAAGAAACUGGAGACCCGCCGCCUUGCGUACGACGCCUCUUUAGCAAAGAUGCAAAAAGCAAAGAAGGAGGAUUUCCGCGUCGAAGAGGAAUUACGUACCCAGAAAGUUAAAUACGAAGAGACGAGCGACGAUGUCUACCGCAGGAUGGUGGAUAUCCAGAGCGCCGAAGGUGACAACAUCAUGGACUUAACAGCUCUCAUUGAUGCUGAACUCGCUUACCAUGAGCGAUGCCGUGAUGUUCUCCUUCAGCUCAGAAAUGAGCUGCCAUCAGGUGCCUCGCCGCCACAGUAUACCAAUGGUCGCCGCCCUGGACGAGCGCGAUCGAAUACUGCUCAUUCAUACCAAGAACGAUACGAUCCUGUUCAGGAAGAGCAGCCACCUCAGCCUCCUCGUCCAACUAUCCGAUCAACACGAUCAUCCUCAUCAAAUAGACUGAACGAGACUAUACGAGAACGCCCAGAUGUCGGCUCCUCGCGGCCAUCUAUGAUUCGUACCUCAACCUUUGAAGGCCCUACACAAUUGCGACGAGAGGACUCUCCUGCCAAUUCUUAUUCUCCGAGCCGUGUCCAGAGCGACCUCUCGAUCCGUACGACCAGGUCGUCGUUGAGACCCGUGAGCAAGAUCCAUGAAGACUACCAUGAUGACUUCACUUCACAUGGAAAUGUCAGCCCAUACGACGAUAGGGCAGAGUCACCAGCGACAUCGCACAGCAGCUACUUUUCGCGGACGCCGAGUUCGACAACAAUGGAUGGUAGUACUAUAAUGAAAAAGGGUCCCCCACCGCCGCCUCCAUCAAGAGCCAACAAGCCCAAACCCCCUCCGCCGCCGCCGCCAGCGAAGCGCAACGUGAUCGGAGUGUGA